AUGAUGCACGAUGAUGCGGUUCAUUUCUGCGCGAAAAACUUCAACGGUCACCUCAUCUCAAUCCAUAACAUUUAUCAAUCGGCUUUAUUGACAAGCAUGACAUCACAGAUAUAUCCUUGGGGUUUUGCCUUUAUCGGUCUUUCGUUCAAUGUAACCGGUGAAGAAACAUGGACAUGGGAUGAUGGGUCAAAUUUGGACUAUCAAAGAUGGGGACCUGGUCAACCGACAAAAACAUGUGAUUACUGCAUUCACGCUUACAUGAAUGAAUCGAGCGGUUUUUGGUACAAUGAAUUGGGCGAUUCGGUCUUCAAUCAGCAAUCUUUCUUUUGUUUAUCACCUAUUGAAGCGCCAGCAAAGAAACUCGUCUCAUUGCAGCAC